UAAAAUUGAAUGAUUACAGAUGUCGCCACGUUCGAAAUAGGAAAUUGAUUAAUGUAAACAAACAUGGCAGAGGAAUCGAAAGAAAAUAUUUAUAUCGAACAAACAUUAGCUAUUAUUAAACCGAAUGCAUUCGAUAGAGCCGAAGAAAUUGAAGAUAUAAUUAGAAAUGAAGGUUUUAUAAUUAUUCAGAGAAAGGAAUUACAACUUACACCUGAUGAAGCAGCUAAGUUUUAUGCAGAGCAUGAAGGAAAACCAUUUUUUGAGAAUCUUGUAGUUUUUAUGUCUAGUGGUCCAAUAGUGGUGAUGGUUUUAGCAAAGGAAAAUGCAAUAACACAUUGGAGACAUGUCAUGGGUCCUACUAAAAUUAAUAAUGCAAAAGAAUUUCGACCUGAAAGUAUUCGAGCACUUUAUAGUCAAGAUGAUUUACAUAAUGCUGUACAUGGUAGUGACAGCAUAACUAGUGCUGAACGAGAAAUUCAUUUCUUUUUUCCAGGAACUGUCAUUGAUUCAGUUCUUAAUACAGCAUCUGCUCAUGAAUAUUUGGCAAAAUCUGUGAAUCCAACAUUGUUGAAGGGACUGGUGUUGCUCUGCAAAAAUAAACCAGAAAAUCCAAUUAUAUGGUUGGCUGACUGGUUACUUGCUAAUAACCCAUAUAAUCCACAAGCAGUGUAAAGUUGCCAUGUUACUUUCACUAUUCACAACUUGUCAGUAUUAAAUGCACACUACCUCACACAUUUAUAAAAUUGUUAUCAUUCAUGACAAAUCAAUAUUUAUUGAAUAAAAAAUACACUGGAGCAUUUUCACACAUACUGUUAUAUUUAUAUUGUUAUACAUAUAUAUAUAUAUAAUGAAAUUUUAUAAAUUAUUAAUGUUUUGUUAUAAUAUGGUAAAUUACAAAAACCUUUGAAAUGUUACAUUUUCAUUUUUUCAAUUUUGUAAUUUUAGAAAGUGAUAUAACUCUUUACCAAAAUCUAAUUAUUGUUAUUAUAUUUAAAAGUGUUUUGAAUAUUAAAACAUACAAAUGGAACAUAAAUUAGCAGUAUUAAAAUUUCAAACAUUAUUUGUUACACUUUUAUUACUCACUUUCUAUCAAUGAUAGUAGCUGAUCUUAUACAUAUAUAUUGUAUUUACUAUUUAUAAUCUUGUUAAAUGCUUCAUCAUUAUGCAAACUUUGACAUUUAUGAACAAUUUCACUAUCCAUUUGAUUUAUGUUUUAAAAAAAUAUUUAUAUAUAAAACAAAUGGAAAAUAAAAUUUUAAAGAAACAAGUUUGUUAUUUAAAUAAAAAUACACAUUUUUCCUGAUUAUUUAUUUUUUAAAAUUAUAUAUCUUGACAGUUUGAUGACUGGAGCAUUAAAAGUGCUGUGGAGGACCUGGAUGUGAGUCCUGGUCUUUGAGACUUAUGAAAAUUUUAGGGAUGGUCUAUCCCGAAUAUAUCAGCUUUCAUCCCUCAUCACUCAGCCACCUCCAUUGUGGGCCUGGCCAAACUGUUAUUCACCUGGAAUAAAAGCUCUUGUAGUUCAUAUGAGAAAUAACUACAAUAUAAAAAAGAAAUUGUUUUAUAUGAAGACCUGUUAUAGAUACUGUGACACAUUAGGAGAAAAUAUUAUGAGAAAAAUUGCACAUUUUUCAUAUUUGUAAUUUUGUGAUAUGUUUGAUUGUAAAUGUGAUUAUAUUAAGUACAAAUAAAAUAUGUUUAAAUAAUAUAAUAUUUUGCAAUGACAAAAACUGAUGCAAGUAAGUGAGUAACUGGUGAGCAAGAUGAUCUAAGGGGUGAAUAUGAUAAAGGUACAAUAUACAGGGUGUAUCAGAAUGACGUUUUAAAAAUUUGGGGGAUUGUAGAGGAUGAAAUUUUGAACAUUUUGAUAUAAGGAACCUAUAGCCAUAAAUUUGAACUAAAAUAUCUACAGUGGUAGGAAGUUGUUGACUGCCCUUCCUUUGGAGCUACCCUUCUGUCCAUUGACGUCAUAUUAUUGCUGUGGAUGGAAGACUGUAAACACACAACUACAGUUGUCUAACUGAGCCUGUGUACAGGACGUUGUGUACUUAGUGCUUGCCGUCCUUCAGGUCACCCCUUUCAUCCACUGGUGCUGUGCUGUAAACACACAACUAGUCAACAUGAGUCCCUUGUGUAUGCAACACCUUAGGAACAGUUCAUGAGCUUACGGAGCACAUCUUUACAGCAUUUAAUACCAUCAGAAGGGAGCGUGGCAUCUUACAGAGGGUCGGACAAAACAUGGUUCGUUGUUGCACAUUAUGUAACGAAGUUGGUGGUCGUCACAUUGAACAUUUACUCUAAAGUAGUGCAGCCACUGAUUCAAUGUACAGUUUGAUUGUACUCUACUGUUUUGUCAAUAAAACUUGUCAUAAAUACUGUAUUCUGCUGUUUCAUUCAGCAUACCGACGGCAUAGAAUGUGCAAAGUGUUGUAGAAACUUUAUAUGACAUUUCUGGCUAUAGGU